AUGCAAAACUCUGCUUUAAGGCAGAAUUUUGGCCUGAAGUGCCAAAAGAAGAUACAACAGAGUCCUCAUAAUGUGCUGCUGGUGGAUGAAGAGGUAAAAUUGAUGCAGGAGUGCACCAAGCUAAAGAAGGCUAGAGAAGAAUUUCUACAACAAAAAUGUAAAGUGCAGUGGCUUAAAGAAGGGGAUCAGAACACAAAGUUUUAUCACAGUUUCCUAAGAUCAAGAAGAAACACUAAUAAGAUCUUUACUAUCAAAGACAAGGAGGGGCAAUACAGGACUACAAUGGAGGACAUAAGCAAGGCUUUCAUUGAAUAUUAUGUUGAGUUACUGGGAACUGCAAAUGUGGAAAGGAAGCAUGCUAGUAGCUGCCUGAUCAGAACUGGUCCUAUCUUAACUGAAGAACAAAGAAGAAUGCUGGAUAGGCUAUAUACUGAUAAAGAUGUGAAAAUGGCACUAAGGGCAAUAGAUGGCAAUAACGCCCAGGACUCCGAUGGAUAUGGUAGCAAAUUUUUCAAAGAUUGA